ACUAUUGUCAAGAAUGUUAUUGUUUUACUCGAUACAUAAAAUAUACAUUUUCAUAUAUACGUACAGUGUGAAUGUGCCGCUGUUCUUGAGAGACACUAUCAUCGCUUCAGUUUAGCUGAAGACGCUGACCGACGAAACUUCAAUUCCUUGCUAUGAUGGAUUUUGCCAGAGUGGGCGAAUGUGUCGCUUUACUGCUCAUUUUUCUGUACCCAAAGUAUCAUCAUACAUAUGAAAGGGACAGUAAAGCAACAGAUUCUCUAGAUAAAGAAGCAGCAUCAGAAUUGGACAUAUUCAUAGAACAUACAAAAAGGACAUGGAAGAAUGCUUCUCGGUAUUGUACCCUGUAUGGCUCCGACAAGGCUCCCAAUUAUGUAGACAGCUUCCAAGAUAUACCACAUCAAGUAAAUAUGGAUGACAGUCUUCACUGGGUAGGAGCCACAGCCACCUUCACUCCUUGGUUAAAAUUCUUGGGAUGCUACGUUUAUUCGUCGGUAUAUUUUGGUUCUUUGUUCAAAAGCCGCUCUUCUGUCAUCGGUCCGGUAGCUGAUUGUUACUUACAAUGUAAGAGCAAAUUUGGAGUCAGUGAGACGCGUUGCUUCUGUUCCUGGAAGUUGAAAGAUAGGCAACUAAAUGAAACAUGUGAAUUAAUGACGUCUAGUAUCUUUUACACUGACGUCAUCGGAACCGAUGCGCAGGGAUAUUUUGACUUAGAUUAUCAGAUUGCAAUGUACGAUAUUUAUGACGGCACCAUCAAAAUAAAAGACAAUUCUGACGGAUGUCUGAUGAACACUUUUACUGGCUUCAGCUCCUACCCAUGUGACUCAAUAGACAGUGCCAUGCGCACAUGGACCGAGGCCAUCAUUGGGGGUUUGACAUCGAAUGGCGGGUCGUUACAGUGGACCCCCUUUGUACGCCGGCGAUUUAUCAGGUGGGCUGAAGAAAUUGACCCUAAUUUGAAAGAAACGGAAUGUGUCAGUGUCAGGGAAACAAUGAAUAAGAAGAAAUAUGACAUGGUUAUAAGACCGUGUGAUGAAAGAAUCUCCUCCAUUUGUCGAAAAACAGAUGGUAUCACCUUUUUGGAAUUUCUUGAAGGAGUUGGAAUAUUUUUUGGAGUAGUAAUUGCAAUUGUUAUAUUAUUAUCAAUAACUGGAAUCCUAUUGAAAGGAGGAGGGGUGUGUAUCCGUGAUUAUAUCCAAACACUAAGGCAUAGAUAUGCUGAACAAGUGCAACAUCCUAGAGUGUCUUCACCUCGGGAUACUUAUAUGACAGAAUCAACAAGGCGUCAACGCAGCAGACAUCAAGAUAUCAUGGACCUGACCAGGUACAAUGAGGAUCAAACAGCGCCACCAAGCAACAGUGACUGGUCUACGACCAACCAAUAUCCUUUUUCUGAGCCAGUACAGACGGCUGUAUCACAGAAAGUUUAUUUCAGCGAACUGACUAGACCCAACGAGGGUCAAACAGCGCUUCAAAGCUUAUUGUCUCCGAGCGAGCGGUAUGAAAUAGCAUCGGGCUCGACGAUUCAAUCACCUUUCGGACACAAUGAGAGCAAGAGGACACUUCUGAAGAUUGACAGUGGUGAAGACGACACCCCACGGAGCAAACAAACAAAGAAAAAGAAAACCCCUGACGGACUCAUGUGAAGCAACUUGAUAUUGCUACAGUUUCUUAGUUACUGUAGUAACAUCAGUGGUUUCUGAUGAACACCGAUUUUCAUGAAUUACAUCGCUGAUUUGAUUUAGAAAUUUAGAUCCAACACAGAUAUGCCACUACAUAAUAUAUGGAUAAGAUAUUUUUGUCGACAGAUGAGCAUUCAAAAGUAACUUCUUAUUUUUGCAUUUAAUGAAUCGUGCAUAUCGAUAUUAUUUAUAAUAUAAUAAUAUUUAUGUGUGAUCCAAAUUUAUUUAAAGUUAUUUUUUAAUAUAAUAAUAAUUAUGUGUGUACGAUGGUUUGUCCGAUAUAUGUGAAAUUGUUCUUUUGUGUUAUCCCUUGCCAUGUUAUUUUUGUAAUAGAUCAUUAUCUUUUGUAAUUUGUUUUUUUUAAACAUUGCAUCAUUCUUUAAAGAUCAGGGGAAUACUGCAAACACGAUUUUAAAGUAAAGCGAAGGAAUAUUUACUUUUGUCUUUACCUCGGAAAAAAUGAAAACAUUUUCUUUAUAUAUUAAAGUAUAAAAAAUAAAACAUAAUGAAAAUGGACAUAUGUUGAACCUCAAAACAAUAGGGGAAAAUGUGCAAGAUUACUGAUCAUCCAUGUUAAAGGCCAUUAGGGUUGGUUCUCGUCCUAAAAAGAGGAAAGUGCCCUCUUGGCAGCCACCCGCCCGUCAAUAUCACCAUUUGAAUAACUGGAGUUUUCCUUUUGCAAACCUGGUCAAUAGAUGAUAUACAUGUACCAUGUGUCCUUAAAAAUGAACAUGCUAUACAUGUUUAUUAGUUCGUGGUUUUGAUUUUUGAGAACGCUUUAUGAUACUUAAUCCAUAGAACGAUUCAACUCAAAACAUUAAAAGCUUAAGGAGAUGCUGGCACAAAAUUUACAUUAAAACUUUUGACUAGGUAUUGCUAGGAUUAUGAUUUCUAAUGAUUAAUUUAAAAAUACCAACUGUUGAACUUAGUCAUUUUUGGCAAAGUUUUGCAUAUAGAGUACCCUUUUCUCUGGAUAGGUAGUCAUAAUCAAUUCAGGGUUGACAAAAGAAUUCUAAUGAUUAAUUUAAAAAUACCAACUGUUGAACUUAGUCAUUUUUUGCAAAGUUUUGCAUAUAGAGUACCCUUUUCUCUGGAAAGGUAGUCAUAAUCAAUUCAGGGUUGACAAAAGAAUUAUAGAUACUGUUCACACAAAAGAUAACCCGGUUUGCUGUCACAUUGACAGCUUUUCUAUCGUUCAAAAUUUAAAUGAUUAAAACGAAUUUAAAACGGUUGUUGUUUGUUGCAAAGGGGUGGUUCAAACAAUAAUCUUUCUUUUCUGAACAAAGACUACUUGGCGACGUAUAAGUAUUUUUCCUGAUAGAUAGAUAGAUAGAUAGAUAGAUAGAUAGAUAGAUAGAUAGAUACAGAGAGCAUUUAAAAUAUAUAUAAUGAUCAAUAAGAGAUUGUAAUGUUUGCAAACUGUGCGUGUUAUGUACGGAAGCGCAUCAGGGCCUAAACCUGUUGUAAUAUAAAUUAUACAUUAUCAUACUUUUUAUCGUCUUAUCAACAUAUAAAAUAUUAUGUCGUUUUAUUUAUGCAAAUAUUUUGCAUUGUAUUGAAAUGAGUUUACAUAAUUUAAAUAAUCUUAUUGUAUUUAAAUAGUUUUCUUGCCAUCUGCUAUAUAGACUUAACAAAAUACGGAGUUAAGAAUUAUACUUGUAAAUAAAAAACGGUUUUUAGUCAUAUCGAGAUAAAAAUGUUGACAUAGAACAAUGAAAAUCUAUACAUUGUAGGCAUAUUGACAUAAAUAUAUUUUAAUUUCUUUGGACCAUAUUGCAAAAGUAUUGUUUUCGAUUGAAUUUCGUGGGGGCGGGAGUUCUGAUGGUGCGUCACAAAUUUUUGAUACAAUUUUGAUUUUGAUACCAAAUAAUUAUUGUUCUUUGGUUUUUAUUCAAAUCAAACCGUCAAAUAGUCUAUAGUUGCCGUCUACAGCUAGAUUCAGAGUGAAUUUACGUAAAUGAACCAUCAGAACACCCGCACCGGCGAAACUCAAUCGAUAACAAUAUUUUUGCAAUAGGUUUCCCAGAAAUGAAAGUAAAUUGAUAUCGACAUGAUUUUAAAGCUUUUAUUUUGUUCUUUCUAUCUCAAUAUAAUGUAACCACAUUCCUAAAUAAACAUUACAAACUUCAUAUUUUGUGAGGUCGAUAACGCAGAUAGCAAUAUAACUGGUAAAAAUUAUUUAGGUGAUUUUAUUUCUGUAGAAAUUGUAAGCUACAAUUCAAUAUAUUUGCAUACUUGGAGGUUAUAUUAAUCUUUAUGUUACAAUUCAAUAAAAAAGGACAAAUCAUAAGUUGAACACAACAAGGGUAGGACCCGAGCCGCUUCCGUAGUGGUUUGUAGUUAAAAUAAGUAUAUAAAACAAACCUCUAUGUUAUGAAAUCAAGAUUAUAACACUAAUAAAAACAACACAUAAAUAUAAUAGUCUGAAUUCUGUAAACUCUGUCUGUAAAUAUCUGGUGUGAAGUAUAUGAUUGAAGUCUAGAGGGAAACUGUCUUCCUGUUCCAUUACAUUCAUGUGGCUGGACUCAUCUCCAGGAAUAAACUUGUU